AUGGCAGUAAAGAAUGCUCCAUGGCGUACCAACUUAAGUGAUGCAACUAAUGCCAGCAGAAGAGGAAUGGUGCUGCCCUUCCAACCCUUGUCAGUUGUAUUUGAUCAUGUGAAUUACUACAUUGAUAUGCCUGCUGAAAUGAAGAACCAAGGAAUUGAGAAACCUCGUCUCCAACUGUUACAAGAUGUUAGUGGUGCUUUCAGGCCUGGUAUUCUAACAGCAUUAGUUGGUAUUAGUGGUGCUGGAAAAACCACUUUGAUGGAUGUGUUAGCAGGAAGAAAAACGGGUGGAUACAUUGAAGGAAGUAUCAGCAUUUCUGGUUACCCAAAGAACCAAGAAACUUUUGCUCGUAUUAGUGCUUAUUGUGAACAAAAUGAUAUACAUUCUCUACAUAUUACUGUCUAUGAAUCUCUUGUGUACUCUGCUUGGUUGCGUCUUGCUCCAAAUGUAAAGAAGCAAACAUUGAAGAUGUUUGUUGAAAAGGUAAUGGAGUUGGUCGAAUUGAACAUGCUGAGGGACUCCGUAGUUGGCCUUCCAGGAGUUGAUGGUCUCUCAACUGAACAGCGUAAGAGGCUCACCAUAGCAGUAGAAUUGGUUGCUAAUCCCUCCAUCAUAUUCAUGGAUGAGCCUACAUCAGGCCUUGAUGCUAGAGCUGCUGCAAUUGUGAUGCGAACAGUGAGAAACACAGUAGAUACAGAUAGAACUGUUGUCUGCACAAUUCACCAACCAAGCAUAGAUAUUUUUGAAGCUUUUGAUGAGCUAUUGUUGAUGAAGAGAGGAGGACAAGUGAUUUUUGCUGGACCUCUUGGUCACCAUUCUCACUUACUAGUAAAAUAUUUUGAAGUGAGUGUCAUUUAUUCGCAAAUUUCCAUUCCUUGUGUUCCUAAGAUCCGAGAUGGUUGUAAUCCUGCUACAUGGAUGCUAGAAAUCAGUUCUCCUAUAGCUGAGGCUCAACUUGAUGUGGACUUUGCAGAGAUUUAUGCAAAUUCUAAUCUAUGUAUGAGGAAUCAAGAACUUAUCAAGAAGCUCAGCACUCCAGCACCAGGGUCUCAAGACCUAUGUUUUCGUACCAAAUUCUCCCAACCUUUUUUUGCUCAAUGGAAGGCUUGCUUCUGGAAACUACAUUUAUCUUACUGGAGAAAUCCCGAGUACAAUGCCAAUCGUUUUUUCUUGACAACAAUUAUUGGUGUUAUAUUUGGAGUUAUAUUCUGGAAAAAAGGACAGGAAACGCACAAACAACAAGACUUGACAAAUCUAUUGGGAGCUAUCUAUGCUGCUAUUUUGUUUCUUGGUGGAGCGAGCACCUCAUCUGUACAGUUUGUUGUUGCAGUCGAAAGAACGGUCUUCUAUCGUGAAAAAGCAGCUGGGAUGUAUUCAGCAUUGCCUUAUGCAUUUGCUCAGGUGACCAUAGAGACCAUAUAUGUUGCUAUCCAGACUUUCAUAUAUAGUUUACUCCUUUACUCCAUGAUUGGAUUCGACUGGCGAGCAGACAAGUUCUUGUGGUUCUACUACUACAUAUUUAUGUGCUUUGUCUACUACACAUUAUAUGGGAUGAUGAUUGUAGCACUCACUCCAAACAUCCAGAUUGCAGCCAUUGUUAUGUCAUUCUUCCUCAGCUUCUGGAAUUUAUUCUCUGGUUUCCUUAUCCCUCGGACACAAAUUCCAGUAUGGUGGAGGGGGUAUUAUUGGGGUUCUCCACUGGCAUGGACAAUAUAUGGCCUCGUGACGUCUCAGUUGGGCGACAAGACGAAUCUAGUUCAGGUACCAGGUUUAGGUGACAUACCAGUUAAGGAUUACCUUAAAGAGUUCUUAGGUUAUGACUAUGACUUUCUCGGAGUUGUUGCUCUGGCUCAUGUUGGUUGGGUACUCCUUUUCUGCUUCGUCUUUGCCUAUGGCAUCAAGUUCCUUAACUUCCAAAGGAGAUGAA